AUGUAUGAUGCAUCUCGAAAACCUGGUGGUUUGGCUGUUCUUGGCGUGCUACACAAGAUCGAUGAUAGUGUUCCUCAUGAGAAGACACAAUCCCCAAAUUAUGGAGAGCCUUUUAACUCUUUAAAUCCUAAAUUAACUGAAAAUAAUUCAAUAUCUAUCAGGGAUUUCGACCUGACCCAAGCUUUGUCAAUUUUACAACCUACUAAAUAUUUUCGGUAUUUUGGUUCCUUAACAACACCACCAUGCACAGAGAACGUGAUGUGGACAGUGUUUGAGGAUUCAGUAUCAAUUCAUAGUUCACAGUUAUAUAUUUUAUGCCUGUCAAACCAUAACUACAAAGUAAGAGGUUCAUUUGAGAACUUUUAUGUUGUCAGACAUCAGGUUCAAUGUUUUUAG